GCAGUUGGCUUUCCACCCAAGAAGAAGAAGCAGACCACUUCUCUAGUGUUUUCUCCGAAGUUGGUACUCAACAUGUCGCUUUGAAUGGAGUUUCUCGAGUCUUCCCGAUCACAUACCGACUUCCGAACCCUUUAAAAUGAGAGAACUAUUAUUUAUUUGAUGAGGGAUGCCGCGUUGACGAUUACGGCAUUUUCCUGCUGUUUUUGAGCGGCAUUUAGCUAAAUCUUACUGGGCUAACCGUGAUGUCCGAGCGUCAGGGGCAGGUGGGAGACUUGAACAAGCAAAGCAGAGAACAGCUCCACGAACUAUUACUGCGGCAGAACAACAUACUCUCCAACAAGAGCUUAAUAGUGUCCCUUCCUGAUAAGGGACAGAAAAUAAGGGAUUUUGCCGAGAGGAUACGCCUUGCCAUUGAACGACAGGAUGAGGAGGAGAGAAGGCAGAGUUUGGUGUCAGCGGCCAGGGCAGAGUUUCAAUCCAAGUACCGUCAAGCCUUCGCCGGGCAGCAGCGUGUUAUGCAAACUCAGGCCACCGCAUCCCAACAUACUGAAGCCUCGCCUGUCUGUGUUCAUGCGGAGGAGGACGAAGAAAACACUGUUGAAACCAUGGAGACGGCCGCUGCUGGGGCCUCUCUCAACUCUGUAAGGACAAAAGAGGCCGAACUUGCGGAGACCUUGGAACGGGUCACAAUCUCUGGUGCCCGAGGCAAGGACCCUGUUCAAGCCACUGCAACAGUCAAUUACUUCCUCAGUCAGCAGACAAAAAAGCCGCAUGUUGUAACUGUAUUGGAACGAACAGAGAACACGAUGGUGCCUGUAAGGCAAAAAUUCAAACCAAACCAGCCGGCAAACAGAAGCGGCAAUUCUCCAUCAGGUUCCUCAUCACCCGGCCGCUCGUCUGAAGGCUCGUCUCCGCUCUCUGCGCAGGCUCGGAGGGAGCGAGACCGAAAGCACCUGGACGACAUCACGGCCGCAAAGCUACCUCCGCUCCACCACGCUCCAGCACAACUUAUCACCCUGCAGGAGUCUGCCGACCUACUCAGAGAGCAGACGAAGAAGCAACAGGCACUGCAGGCCAAGCUGGCUGCACAAAAACUUUCCGAGGGAUUGAAGAUUUCAAUGGAGAGUUACAGCCACGACAAUGGUUCUACGGCAGCCUACAGAGAGGUUCACGAUGAAGGAGCGCAGCCCUCUUCAGAGGAAGACUGAUCCUGGAUGAUCAGAUGGAAGGAGGACUUUUAUUCCAAAGGUAUUCAGGAGAAGACACUUUGCAAUGAACAGUCUUAGAAAUGACAGAUGAACUUGUAUGUGCAGUAUAAUGAAAGAAACUUGUUGAAAAUGGGUGAUACAUUUUAAUAAACAUUUUUUUUCAUGAUAAUUGUGUCUGUUGCGUUUUCAAACAUGUAUCUGACAGAUUAGCAUGUGAACUUUUUCGUAGAAAAAUACAAAAUCAUAAUGUCAAAGAAGUAUUUCUUCCUCUUGGAAUUGAGGGGGUCAUAUUAUAACAGGCCACAAUAGUAUAUAAUAUCAAUUUUUGGCCUUGGGGGUUAGAUCCAGCUGGGCUGUGCACAGACUUCAUGUUUCCUUCUAAAAUAUAAUUUGUAUACAUUUUCUCUAGAAAUCUGAUAUUAUGUACUGGUUUUUCCUUAAAAAAAAAAAAAAAAAAACUCCUUCCCCCAGU